AUGGCUCCUCAAGUAAUUGUGGUUGGCGGUGGACUGUCCGGUCUCAGUGCCGCCCACACCGUCUACCUCAACGGCGGUAACGUCGUCGUUCUGGACAAGCAGGCUUUUUUCGGUGGUAACUCUACCAAGGCCACCUCCGGUAUCAACGGUGCCCUCACCCGCACCCAGGUCGACCUCGGCAUCCAAGAUAGCGUCAAGACCUUCUACGAAGAUACCCUCAAGUCGGCCCGAGACAAGGCCCGUCCUGACCUGAUCAAGGUCCUGACCUACAAGUCAGCUGCCGCUGUUGAGUGGCUGCAGGAUGUUUUCAACCUCGAUCUCACCCUCGUCUCCCGUCUCGGUGGUCACUCUCAACCCCGGACACACCGUGGUCACGAUGCCAAGUUCCCCGGUAUGGCCAUCACCUAUGCUCUCAUGCAGCGCCUGGAAGAACUUGCCGACAAGGAGCCCGGCCGUGUUCAGAUUAUCAAGAAGGCCAACGUGACUUCCGUUAACAAGUCCGGUAACAACGUCACCGGUGUUACCUACACUAUCAACGGCGAAGAAAAGUCCGUCGAUGGUGUCGUCGUCCUUGCUACCGGUGGCUACGCCGCUGACUUUGGUGACACUUCCCUGCUCAAGAAGCACCGCCCCGAUACCUUCGGUCUGUCCUCCACCAACGGCACUCACGCCACUGGUGACGGUCAGAAGAUGCUGAUGGCCAUCGGUGCCAACGGUAUCGACAUGGACAAGGUCCAGGUCCACCCUACCGGUCUUGUGGACCCCAAGGACCCCCAGGCCAAGUUCAAGUUCCUGGCUGCCGAGGCCCUCCGUGGUGAGGGUGGUCUUCUCCUGAACUCCGAUGGCCAGCGGUUCUCCGACGAGCUCGGUCACCGUGACUACGUCUCCGGUCAGAUGUGGAAGGAGAAGGAGAAGGGCAAGUGGCCCAUCCGCCUCAUCCUCAACUCCAAGGCCUCCAAUGUCCUGGACUUCCACACUCGUCACUACUCCGGCCGUGGUCUGAUGAAGAAGAUGACCGGCAAGCAGCUCGUCGAGGAGAUCGGCUGCGGAGAAGCUGCCCUCAAGAAGACCUUCGACGAUUACAACCUCAUCGCCGACGGCAAGCAGAAGGACCCCUGGAACAAGCGUUUCUUCCACAACGGACCUUUCACCCUCGACGACGAGUUCCACGUCGCUCUCAUGGAGCCCGUCCUCCACUUCACCAUGGGUGGUAUCGAGAUCAACGAGCACGCCCAGGUCCUCAACGGCGAGCAGAAGCCCUUCGAAGGCCUUUACGCCUGCGGUGAGCUGGCCGGCGGUGUCCACGGUGCCAACCGUCUGGGCGGUUCCUCCCUCCUCGGCUGUGUUGUCUACGGCCGUGUCGCCGGUGACUCCGCUUGCCAGCACCUUUUCCAGAAGCUCAUCACUACCGGUGGAUCCGCUUCUAGCCGUCUCGGCCAGAUCUCCCUCCACAUCGACCCUAACACCCCCGGAAAGGUCUCUGUCGAGUGGGGCGCCGCUGCUGGUGGCGACCUCCCCCCUCUCGCUGCCGCCCCUGCCAGCGCCCCUGCUGCCGCCGCUCCUCAGGAGCAGGCUGCCAAGCCUGACCCGGCCAACUUCAAAAUUCCCGAGACCGAGUAUACCAUGGAGGAAGUCGCUAAGCACAACACUAAGGAGGAUCUCUGGAUCGUUGUCAAGGGUGUUGUCCUCGAUGUCACCAACUGGCUCGACGAGCACCCCGGUGGUGCCAACGCCCUGUUCAACUUCAUGGGUCGGGAUGCUACCGAGGAAUUCGCCAUGCUACACGAUGACGAGGUUAUCCCCAAGUACGCCGGCCACAUCGUGAUCGGCCGUGUCAAGGGCCAGACCCCCAGCCUGGAGCUGUGA